AGAGCAUGGUGGUGCUGGUGUGUAAACCCAACGAGGUGGAUAAGUUCCGCAUGUUCAUCGGAGACCUGGAUAAAGUGGUGAGUCUUCUGCUGUCGCUGUCCGGACGUCUGCUGAGGGUGGAGAGCACUUUGGACACUUUGGACCCCGACACGGAGCACCACGAGAGGCUCCCCCUGCUGGAGAAGAAGCGGCAGCUCCUGCGUCAGCUGUCGGAGGCUCAGGACCUGAAGGACCACGUGGACCGCAGAGAGCAGGCCGUCAGCCGGGUGCUGGCCCGCUGCCUGACCCCCGAGCAGCACCGCGACUACAGUCACUUUGUGAAGAUGAAGGCGGCGCUGCUGGUGGAGCAGAGGCAGCUGGAGGACAAGACUCGGCUGGGGGAGGAGCAGCUGCGGGGGCUGAGGGAGAGCCUGGGGCUGGGGAUGGGCAUCGGCAUGGGGAUGUCCAUGGGAUACGGACUAUACUGACAGAAAAAACAAAAACGGUGUCUCUGUUUUAAAGGAAUAGUUUAGCAUUUUUGAGAAAUACAUCACUCAUGUCUGCCAAAUCUCACCGUUUAAUGUGUUAUAUUUUACGGGGAGAUUGUGUGCAAGAAUAAGUCUUAGCUGUGACUUCAUGGAGUCUUUAUGCUAAGCUAAGCUAACGGCGUUCUCGCUGUCGCUUCAUAUUUAGCAAUCCAAAAUGUCAGACUAUUCCUUUAAGGAUUAAAAGCUUUCCAGAAGGACCAAAACCACAGCUAAAACACACUCUGAAAGUUCUUUACAAGAUAACAGACUGGACUCUGCUUCACUUGAUGUACUGUAAUGAAACUCGUUCUAACACUACGUUGCCAAAGACAUUUCCUCCGACGCUGCUUUUUGUUCUGGUGUUUUCAUUUUUCUAUUUAAAUCUCCUGGUUCAGAGAAUUCACGGAGACUGUUGUGUGAGCUGCAGCAUUAUUAACUGCCAAUACGUACUCUGUAUUAUCGACCAUAGUAUCAUAUCACUUUGUAUUUUAGCUGUGGAGUUUGAGACUCCACCGACGCGUUAUACUGUCCCGCGAUGACUGUUCAUGUACAGGAGACACUUGUGUUUAUAAUGUAAACGAUGUGUAUAUAGUGAUUUUGUUUUUUAAAUGACUGGAAAUGCCUGUAAAAAUUGGUUGUAAAAGAUGGGCGAGAAGACCGGGAAGAGAUUACUGUAUAUUUUGACCGGGAAGAGCUUGAUUAGUUCCGUUAGUUCUGUCGUUAGCUUGUUCAAAUAUUAUUUGGUAAAGUGUAUUGCCCCUAGCUAGUCCCAGUUUACAUUGAAAUCCUACAUUGAAUAUUCACUUAAAACAGUAUUAAUAACACAUAUUCCUAUUCUUGUUGAGAGUUAGAUUAGAAGUUCAUGUCUGUGUGUUAGAUAUAACGCUACAGCCAGCACUUGUGUUAGCUUAGCUUAGCUUAAAGACUGGAAACAGUGAGACAGCUUGCCUCGACGACAGUGUUUUAGGGCAAUUUUAGGUAGAAAAAUUAUAAUUAAGAAGCGGGAGGGAUAAAGUAAAUAUACAGAGAACAAACCAGAGCUUAUAAUUGUAAAUGUUUAUUAUUUUUAAAUCCUCAAAUCAAACAUGUGUGACUUUAAUCUCAUAGUUAAGCUGUUUCGAGAUGUCAUGCUAAGCUAAGCUAAUUGUAGUACGAUUUUAGCUUGUUGAACAAAGACAUGUUUAGUAGUUUCAAUGUUCUCAUCUAAAUCUCGGCAAGAAAGAAAAUAAGUGUUUUUUCCACAGAUGUCAAAGUAUUCUUUUGAAAAUUGAGUAAAAUGUAUAUUUUUUUGUAAAGUAAAGUGCCAAAACUCAAUCAAAUGUUCCCCAUUUUUGUGAAAUGUUUGCCAAAGUCUCCAGAGAUUUAACCGGUUUCCCAAACCUCAGACAUUAAAGCUUUCACCACUGCCUGUCUGAGUAAAUCAAAUAAAGAAAAACAAACACAAACUGUAGCUGAACAAGAGAAGGAAGGGGAGGAAAUGUGUAUAUUUUGGCUUUUGAAAGGUGGACUGAGGUUAUGUAAAAAAAAAACAGACGCUUAAUCAUUUCCUACUUUAACAAACAUGCAGUUUAAAUUGUAUUAAAGUUACUGUUUUACACUUGUUCUUCCACAGUUUGUUCUCACAUAUUUCCUGCUUUUUAAAUACCAAACAUCCCGGAAUUGAAGAUGUCCACUCGUUCGUUCUGUUUUGUACAUAUUCUGUGUUUUCUUGUACUAUAAAAGCGAUUUUCUAAGUCGACUGGAAACGUUUUUACUUGUCAAGAUUGGAAAGAAAGUGGCUUGUUGAGAGUUUAUUUCUACUGUUCAAUGUCAUUCUGAUUUAUUAAGGACCUUUUUUUUUUUCUUCUUAAAAACUGCAUUUCAAACUGCAAAAACGCUCACGUGAGAACGAGUACCAUAAAUAAUAAUAAUAGUAUUUUAAACAUGU